ACACACAAUACAAAGUCUAAACCAAAAGCUCUAAAAUAUGUCAACUAUAACUUCAACUCUAUUAAUUCAAGAAUUCAUGGAGAACUUCCACUACUCAAGAAGAUUACUCCAGGAAGCCACCAUGGCGCCACCUCCGGCAGCCGGAAUCAGCCACGAUACAACUAAUCAUCCACCACUUGGUCACAAAGUCAACACAUUUGAUGAAAAUGUUAUUAUGGUCUUGGCCAUACUUGUAUGUGCCAUAAUUUGUUCAUUUGUCUUGAAUUUCAUCAUAAAAUGUGCAUUUAAUUGCUCUACCCUAAUAUUAGCAAACUCAUCCUCAUCAAAUCAUACAAAUAACAACCCUUCUUCAACAAAAUUAGCCAAUAGAGGGAUCGAGAAAAAAGCUCUCAAAACAUUUCCGGUUAUAACAUACACUACUGAAUUGAAACAUUCAAGACUUGACUCUGAAUGUGUCAUUUGCUUAUCGGAAUUUCAAAUCGGGGAGAAAAUUAAGGUUCUACCUAAGUGCAACCAUGGAUUCCACGUUCGUUGUAUCGAUAAAUGGCUCAAUUCUCACUCUUCUUGCCCUACUUGUAGACAUUGCCUUAUUGAGACAUGCCAAAGAAUUGAUCCAAUUUCAUUAGCUCCAAUACAAGAAGUUAUAAUAAGGAUUGAACCUCUCCAACGUGAAGAUGCUAUAUCUAACAAUUAGCAUUAGGUAGAAAAAGAAUAUUCAUACACUUAAUUAGAUGAGAAGUUUAAUUAGCUUUUAAGUUAAUAGUUUAGUUCUUUCUUUUUUCAUGUUGACAAAGUUU